AUGGAAAUCCACUUUGGACACGUGCCACUCACCGUUACGCGCAGGCACGGCGGGGUGAACCAGCUCGGUGGAGUCUUCAUUAACGGGCGCCCGUUACCGCACGCGGUGAGACAGAGCAUCGUGGAGCUCGCGCAACAGGGCGUGCGUCCCUGUGAGAUCUCCCGUCACCUGCGCGUCAGUCACGGCUGUGUCAGCAAAAUACUGUCCAGGUACAAUGAGACAGGGAGCAUCAGACCAGGGGUGAUUGGAGGAUCUAAGCCCAAAGUGGCUACACCCAGGGUGGUGCAAACAAUACUGCACCUGAAGCACACAAACCCCACCAUGUUCGCCUGGGAGAUCCGGGACAGACUCCUGCUGGAGCGAGUGUGUGACGAGGACAGCGUGCCCAGCAUCAGCUCCAUCAACAGGAUCAUUAGAAGCAACGUCCAGCCAGAGUCUUGUGAAGUUGAUGGGGACGUCUCCUGCAACGUCUACCAUGAGCUGCCAUGUUCCUGUAAUGACGCCCUGGGACAGUCUGACUGCUGUCUGACCUCUAUCUCCAGCCUGACCUUUUAUUCCUGCCUGCCAGCUCAUCAUAAUUCGGAGUUGUUAGGGUCUACAUGUCAGUACAGCUGA